CCGUCGUAACCGAGCCUGUCCGUGUUCAAACUGGGGAACAUAACGCAACUCCGAACAGGGCUUCGAUCCAAGGGCUUCUACGCGAACUGCUGAUCAGCUCCUGUUCUCUGUUGCUUUAGGUAUAACUGUGGAGGAUCGUCGGCUGGGUACAUCCAGGUCCGUUUGGUGAUAAAGUACUCGAGUUCCCCCACAGGAUUUCUGAACUUCCUCUACUUCGCUCAGAAACUCCACAUCAUGGCAUUCUCCUUCCUUCCCCUCUUUGCUUUCCUGUUUUCAGUCUCAAUAUCCGGCGUCUACUCCGAGUAUACCAACCUUCCGGAUGUCGCCCCUGGCGUUUUCAAUGUCAGCGCCCGUAUAGAGAUCACCACGACGGUCGCCGCCGCCUGGGAUGCGCUCACAGAUUUUCCAAAUUACAGCAAGUGGAACCCCUUCGUCCGAGCUGCUAUAGCGGUGUCGAUAACGAACCUUACGCUCCCCGAGCAACGCCCCGUUGAGAAUGACCGCCUCUUCUUCCGCGUUCAAAUCCCGCCUUUACCCCUACCAGUGGACGAGGACACGCCCGACAACCCUCUUCAUACUCAAUUCGCUUACGAAAACGUCACUCAUGUCCAACCUGACUUGGGACGGCUUGCCUGGGCUUAUCAAUCUCCAGAGAUUCUCCUUGAAGCGGAACGUUGGCAGGCUUUGAGUGAUAUUGGGGGUGGGAAGGUUCUGUAUGAGAGUCGCGAGGUGUACCAUGGAGCGUUGGCCAGUACGCUUGAGGCACUGUACGGCGAAGGCCUUCAGGAGGCAUUUGAGGGACAGGCAAAGGGGCUGAAGUUGUUGCUUGAAGAGACACUGUAGUUCCCAAGUUUGAGGAGGGCUAUCGCUAUUCAAAAACUAUUUGACUCCAGUACCGUAGCCUUUAUCACUUUCCGGCCUGCAUUAUUUGUCUCCGUUGUGGG